AUGUAUUUCCCAAUGUUGUGUGGUGCACCGGAGGACAGGGUCCUGCUGAGGGAGCUGGAGCCCAAGGCCCUUGGCCUUGGGUCCAGGAUAUCAAACGUUGGCUACUCACCUGGCACCAAAGUGCUGAAGGAGAUGGACGUAGUGAAGGCUACAGUUGCGUUGAUUGACAGACACCACAGUGAUAUGCCUGCAACAAUGCACGUCCAGAGAGUAGAUAAGAUACUUACUUGGGUAGUCGAAUACAGCUCUUAUGAUGCCUUUAUGGAAGCUAGCAGGAUGAAGAGUAGAAAGAUAUUCACCUUUGAGAUCAAGGAGCCUGACUUUGGGGCAGAAUACAGCUGCAUCAAAAUCCUUGCUAAUCAUUCGCAGACACCGCAGUGAUAUUCCUACAAAAAAAUACGUCAAGAGGUUAGACAAUAACCACACUUACUA